UCACACACACAGAGAGACACACACGUCGACAGACAGACCUGCAAGCGGACUUCCAGCACAUUCACAGCUCCACUGAACUUGGCUCAUGCUGCCGUUUCUCUGACAGAAGAAAAGGAGAGACACACACACACACCUCCGUGGGAGAGCUCAGAUAAAGACGUUCCUUCAGUCUUGGAGUGGCGCUGUCACACACUGAUAUACAAAUACGCAUUUAGACAAAUACACAGGCACAGUCAGGGAGCCACCACACACACAAAUUGACACACUCACUUCUCACAUACACACACACACACACACACAGGGGAGCAAACAGUCUCUCUCUCUUUCUUGCUCGCUCAGCUGCUCUCUCUCUCUUUCUCUCCCCCUCUCCCUCUCUCUCUCUCUCCCUCACUCUCUCUCCCUCCCAUCCACACACACACACACACACACACACACACACACACACACACACACAAACACACACACACACACACACACACACACACACACACACACACCACUACAGUAUAUCAGCGAGUGACUAGCGGAGAGCCAGAGGGGAGUGCAGAAAUGAAUGUGAAGAUCCUGACGCUGGUGAUUGUGCUCUUGGUGUCUCUGCUGUGUUCUGCCAGUGCUGGUCCCAUGGCCUCCACAGAACAUGGCAGAGAGCUGGAAGAGGCGGCUACAGUGAGAAAAAUGGUCCAGCAAAACCCUGCGAGGGGCGGUCAGACCCACAGACCAGCCGGCUGGAAGAGGAGACGCCCACGGCCACGUCUUUCCCACAAGGGGCCCAUGCCGUUCUAAAGCAAGGCACUGCUUUGAGCGCCCUCCCCCAGGUUCUGAUUUCUAUGCUCUUCCUUUGCCUUGGGGGGCCUUGCAACGAAGGGCCUACGCUUGCCCAGCCUGAAGAGUGAUGUCCAUAGCACCUGCUGGUUCUUCAAGCAACUCUGUCCACAAAAAAUCAGGACAAGCCGCUCACCCUCAGCUCUAGGGGGCAGGGAAGGGGGGUGGGGGGUAUGGAGCCCGAGCUAUCAGACUCUGUUUCUCUGUCUUUCUCUUUCUCUUACUCCCUAUCUAUCUCUGUCUUCUCCCAAGUGUUUUUUUUUUUUUUUUUUAAUUUUCCUAUAAUUUGCUUAAUAGAGCCCAAACAUAGCGAUCUCCCUGAGUGUCUCACACACUUUGCAUGACAUGUGGUGGAGAGGGAGCCCGGUCAAAACAAUCUGAGUCUUAAAGCAUCUGUCACUUCUCCACAGUGUGGUAUUCCCAUCUCUCAGAUCCAAGGUUACUGCAGCCGCUGACUUCAUUGCUGUGUAGCUACUUAACAGCUUUGCUAGCGGGAGAGGGUGCUGAUUAUGCAGAAGGGCAGUGUCAGUUUUAAUAGUUGACAAUAGCAAAUAUCAAUUUCACUUAUGAUACUAUGGAUGUCUGCCACGAAAAGGAAUUCCAGAUUUCAUGUUUAUAAUGGAAGAGCAAGAGCGUCACAUGUGGCUGACAUUAUAAUCAUCGCUUAAUUAUCAUUAUUACUGGUGCUUUGUACCUCCUAAUGACAGUACGUCCACAUGUAGAGUUGGACUGAAAAGAGAGCACAUAUUGUCAAAACAAUCUAUUUAAGUGAUAGAAUAAUUCCUUCAUUUAGGAGAUUCUUAAUCCAAAGCUAUUUUGGUGUUUCUGAACUCAUUAACACCUUGGGGGGCUGGUGGUGGGGGGGUUACUGACACGCUCAAGGUUACUGUAACAUGUCCCACCUUGGAUGAGUCCUUUGACCCCAAAUCCCAAUCCCAAUCCCGUCCCCAAUCCCCAGCCUUCACACCACACUGCUGCCCUGCGCAGCUGCUCUACACGACUGUUAACUGGCAGGGGCGGUCUGCUCCACCGACAGGCUGCCUUGCCUUUUAAUGAAGUGCCAAAUAAUAACCUUCUCCACAAUGCUGCCAGGAACGAAGGAAUGAAGGGUUAGGGAGAAACACAUUACCUCUUGUUUGAAGUCUUGAUACACUGACACAUUAUGCAUUUAAAAUUUCUGCAAACAGAAAUCCCAUGUGAGACAAUGUUAGCGAGGACAACAGUUAAAUUAGUCCAAAAAAGAAAAAAGAAAAAAAAGAAACAGUAAAUAGGUAAAUAUUAGCUCAGUUAAUAUGCCACCAUGAUCAGCCUACCACUAGUGCUCUGGCUGUUUUAAUAUUCAGCAUAAGGCUGGUUUGACCCUUUGACCGAUAUCUUUCAUUAACGAAAUGCUAUGCCUUUCCAUCAUACUGGAAUAUAUUACUGUUUCUGUUUAUUUCUGUGUUUAAGUAGUUUUAUUUCUUUUUUCUCAGGGUGCUGUGAUAGAGGCUUGUACUAGAGCAGUCUAUUUUGUGCAUUUAUUUAACAAAACACAAACAUUCAGUACAUUUAAAGCAUAUAUGAGCAUAUUUUCGUAUACUGUAUCUUUACUCUCCCUCUAUGUAUUCACCAAUAUAGCCAUGUAUCCAGAUAUCCAGAUUUCUAUUCAUGAUCCUUUCCCUACAUUAUGUUGGGUACAGUUGCCUUUCUAGUAUGCCCCUCCACAGCACAGGUGGUCGUGGCUUUGAUCAUUACGCUCAUUAAAUCCUAGAGUUAAUCUUUCUCAGAUGGAUCUCCCCAAGGCUGGCCGGGGCCACUUAGUCUGAGCUCAUUGUUAAAUUGGCUUAGACUGAAACCACACCCUUCCCCCUUUCCAAUCCUCAAACCCCUGCUGAUUCAGUAUGUAACCAUGUAACAUAUUAGGACUGUAACCUGUAGAACAGCCACCUUGCAAUUGUUUGUUGUGUAUUAGGUGUGCGGAGCAACUUCCUAGUUGUUGUUGUUUUUUUCAUUCGGAUUUUAGGUUAAAAUCUGAUUUCAAUCCACUGCGAUUCAAUCAGCAAACGCUCCUAUUUCAAGUCAGUUUUGACCACAACAACUGGCAGGUUAACCUAGAUUUCCAACACCUUUUCCCUCUCGCCAUGUCUCAUGCAAAUAUUAUAAUAAAAUCUCUGAGUCUUCUCAGUCCCAGCAUGAGAAGCUUUUAUUAAGAGAGCAUCUAAAAUCACAGUGGUAAUCCACCCAGCCAAGAUCACCUUGAUUAAAAAUGUAUUAAAUCCUAGGGCACUGUGAAGAGUAAUAAUUUCAGUUCCACCAUUAUUUUUUCAUACCCUCUCAGACAGAGAUGUAGAUUUCAUUAAUGCUCCUUGGGAGUGAGACAGCUUUGCUCAGGAUGUCUCAUGUAUUAUUGGGGAAGAUAGUAGGAAGAUAUGAGCUGGGGAUGGAAGUUCAAAGCCGCAGGAGUUGGGAUGCUGGAAGUAGACUGGGUCAUGACAAGGGGUUCAAAUCAAUAUUUCCCCAUCUCAGAAGUUAUUGUUACGGAGCCGAGCAACGUCUGUAUCCGCACUGUUCUUCAUGAAUGUAUCCUCACCAUCUGCACCAGCCAUGCUGCCCUUUCAGAGACCAGAGCAAACCAAUGUUUAUGUAAAGCACUCUUUUUAAUCUUGGUCUGGUUAUCAGUUGAAUCCAAAAAUCAAAAGCCAAAUAUCCCACUGAUCCAAAGCCUCCGGUGUCAACUAGUCCCAACAAAUAGACGUGGCUUUGCUCCAAGACUUCUCUGUAUGGGUUCGCAAGGCUGCACUUUUGCAAUUCCAUUAUGCUGCUGGAAAAAUACACCCUGAAAACAAGAGUCUCUUGGUAUGGAAUGGUUUUCCAGUGUAUUGUGACAAUUUUUUUGUCUGAUUCUUGUCUAGCUGGUUGUCCAAAGCUUACUUUUUGAAUACAGUGUGAAAAGCUGUAUCUUUUGUGGAUGUAACAAAAUAGAAAAGUAGUCUGCAGCACAAUAUGUCGUGGACACGUGAAAGCUUUCAGGCGUUCUUUUCUUGUAGAUGAUAGCCCACAGUCCUCCCCUGCACAUCAGGUUAAUGGGCCUUGUGGUGUGGAAGGACAAGCACGUCCAGGCUCAAACUGAAAUGGUAAACCAAUACAUUAUGCUCGGGGAGCAAAACCAUUUUCCUUAAUGGUCUUUUCCAGCAAGGCUUACACAAGAGAAACGAUUCCUAUCCUCUCAAUGUUUCCUCUCCAGUUCCUCUUCUCUGUGACCAUCACAAGGCCUGAGUAAUGUUCCUAUGCACUUGUUAGCAUGUUUUCCUGGUAGAAAAAUGUUUGUUCUGAGAACUUGCCCCUUUGUGUUUAGUUCUUUUUGUCAAAAUGCAUUUGGCUGGGGGUGUGUAAGAAGUCGGGAUGAGCAGAGUGACUUGAGAGAUUUGUGUUACUGGUGGAGGUGAGAAUAAGCUAGCAGCAGGUUUGAAAAUAUUAGCUUAGCCAUUGAUCUCUGUUUCCCAAUAGCUAUAGACACAACCCCCAUACAAAAUAUUACAUAAAAACACAAGGUUUUUAUGUUGUUGUUUUUAUAUCCUAUUACCAUUCUAUACUCAGUUCUCUACCAGAUAAAAUUCCUUUAAAAUGACACUGAACCAAACAUGUCACUCAUUGUGGAAAUGGAAACAGAGUUGGCACGCAACACAUUCCAUGAUUUUACUUUCUGAAUCUCUAAGCCCAUCAAACUGUAUCAUGUUGGCCUUCAGAGUGGGUGUCUGCAAGAUCAAGUGGCUGAUAUUCAAUCCAAUGCAUUCACACAUUUCCACAGGCUGGGCAAUCCAAAGGAUAACUAGAUUUUAUCUCCCAUGGGAAAUGACUAAGAUCUGUCAUUAUCUUGGAGCCUCAAAAUGAGACUUCCUACACCCAGAAUAGCACAGGCCCCUCCUGCCUUGAUUGCGACACAUUCUCCAUCUAUGUAACCACUGUGUCCAAGAUCAGCUACAUUCAGAACAAUCUGAGGAGAGAUGCAGUCUGUAGGUUUACAUGCCAUCGCAACAGUGUUACUAGGUCUCAAGCAGAUACCAUUUAAAAGACAAUGUAUUACUCCUGAAACUUAUAUUCUGUUUAUGGUGUGUGCUCAUAUUACUCACCAGGCCAAAUGUACAGUCCCUGUCUCUGUUUUGAUGUUGAACUGGGCAAAAAUAAAUGACAUAAAUAAAUAAAUAAAACAAGUGUAUCAGAAAUGGUUGAAAUACUGUGUACAUAUUUGAACUUUUGGUUUCUAAUUUAUAAAAGAUAAGCUUUAGCUCUUGGAGUACUUAUUUUAUUUUUUCCUUUCAUGCGUAGCUUUGUGUUUUUAUUUUCUAUUUCUGUAAAGUGUGUAAAUAUAUCUUUAUGAUAAUAAGUAAUAUUAAAAAUCUUAUUUUAAGAAAA